AUGGCGCUCGCUCCUGCUAAUGACAAAAGGAGGGUGAAAGUAUACGAGCUGAAGAACAACGACUGGUAUGAUCGCGGCACCGGCUUCUGCGUGGGCAGCAUCGUCAGCAACCCCAACGCGCCGCCCGAACACCUCGAUGCGCGCAUCGUCGUCACCAGCGAGGACGAUCCCGGUCGCACGUUGCUUGAGACCCGCGUCUCUAAGGACGAUGGCUACCAGAAGCAGCAGGACACCCUGAUAGUGUGGACCGAGAGCAAUGGCGUGGACAUGGCGCUGAGUUUCCAAGAGGCCGACGGCUGCACAAUCAUAUGGGACUUCGUGAGCGACGUCCAGUCGCGGCUGGUCCCCGAGGAUGGGAUAUCGGACGAACUGCUGGAUGUCGUGCAUCCUAUAACUCUCCCAGAGCCUACGCUGGGGAAGCUGGAAGAGGUCGUCGAGUCGAUACGGAAUGCGUCGACCACACCCGCAGGCCGUGAUGCGCUGGCCAAGUUUGUCAUGAGCCCCGAGCAAAUGUAUAUUUUGAGACUGGCGCCGCUGGUGGACGAAGCGGAAAAGCUGGAGCAAACACAGGAGCUGCAUCGUUUGUGCACGAUCAUGAAGCACCUCAUCCUGCUCAACGACACCUCCAUAAUCGAGUUCAUAGUGACGGACCAGGCGAUUAUGGGUGUCGUUGGCGCAUUAGAGUAUGACCCAGACUUUCCUUCACAUCGGGCCAACCACCGCCAGUACCUCUCUGAUACGUCAAAGUUCAAAGAAGUUGUCAAGAUCGAACAUCAAGACAUCAAGAAGAAGAUCCACUACACUUAUCGUCUUCUGUACCUGAAAGAUGUUGUCCUGGCGCGAAUCCUCGACGAUCCUACGUUCUCAGUCCUGAACUCCCUCAUUUUCUUCCACCAGGUGGACAUUGUCAACCACCUUCAAUCCAAUCAAGCCUUUCUCAAACAACUGUUCGGCAUCUUUGGGGACGAGGAGCAAGAUGAAGAGAGGAAGAAGCAGGGGGUUUUAUUCAUCCAAAACUGCUGUGCUGUGUCCAAGAACAUUCAAGCACAGUCGCGGGCGCAGCUCUACCAGAACUUCAUCAACCACGGCCUUUUCACAGUCAUUACUUUUGCGCUCCGUCAUCACGAUGCGAGCGUGCGGGUAGCGGGCACGGACGUACUGGUAUCACUGAUCGAUCAUGACGCACAUCUGGUCAGGGGUCACAUCUUCAAGGCUAUCAGCGAGAAGACUGUACCGCUGACAGACACAUUGAUUGAGCUUCUUCUCGUAGAGGUCGACCUGGGUGUGAAGAGUCAAAUGGCAGAUGCGAUCAAGAUAUUGCUGGAUCCAUCUAGCAGUGCAGCGGGAAUGGAGGCUAUGAAUCGACAGGGCAACUCCGAUUUCGCGGCUAAGCAGCGCGGCGGACCAGACCAUCAUCACGGACCUCGAAUACCACCGCAGACCCAGGCAUUCAUUCAGAACUUCUACGAGGAAGGCGCGAGACGACUAUUCCAACCGCUCAAGGAUCUCGAGGGUCGACAAUCGAUGAUUGGAUUGAGUGUGCAGGAGACGAGUCUAUAUACGCAUUUGGUUGAGGUGCUUUGCUUCUUCGUGAGGCAGCACGCUUACCAAUCGAAGCUGUUCAUUCUGGCAGAGAAUCUCCACUCCCGAAUAGCGCAAUUGCUUCUAUGUCCGCAAAAGUACAUGAAGCUGAUUGCGCUGAAGUGGUUUCGAACAUGCAUCGGGCUGCAGGAUGAGUUCCAUAACAGGCAGCUCAUCCAGCACCGUCUGUUCGAGCCCAUACUCAACAUCGUGUACGAGACGAUGCCACGGGACAAUCUCCUCAACAGCUGCUGUCUAGAGCUGUUUGAGUACGUGAAGCGCGAGAAUAUCAAGCAGCUGAUCUAUCACCUCACCGAAAACUACCGAGAGCGACUGAACGGCAUCACGUACGUCAACACUUUCCAAAACAUCGUGCAAAAGUACGAGCAAUUCCAGCAUCCGUACCUGCCUGGCAAUGCUGAAGGCGACACGAGUUUCACCACCGAGCCGGAUACACCGGAUGCCCUGAGAGGACGCAUGAUCAACGGACGGCAGCCGUUCAGUGGAUUGAAGGAGCCUGAUGCGGACGAAGAUGCGUACUUUAACACGGACGAUGAUAUGGAGGGUGAUCUUGGCGACGACGACGAGUUGUCACUUCCGACGCCGGCAAACACGAGAACACCGAAUGGACGGAUGAAACCGUUGGUCGACUACCCUGAUGAUGACGAUGACGAUGAUAUGGAUCUUACCGCCAGCUCACCAGACACUUUCAAGGAGAAGAAGGAUGGCGAUGAGUCGGCGGAUGCUGGCGAGGACACACCGCAGCGAGGUCGCGAUCGCACGCCAAAGGACGCUUCACCGGUCCAGCAUAGCCCCCCAGAGACCAUGCUUGCGAAGCGUAGAAGAGAUGACGACGAUGAUGGCGACGAGCUAGGCAAGAUGAUGGGCGGUGGCGGCGUAAAGCGAAGAAAUAGCUCAGCUUCUGUGGGCGGGAAGAGCGGUGUUCUCGGUUCAUCGCCUCAGAUCGAUGGUGCUUCGCCCCAUGCGCAGCCAGUUGGUAGUCCGAUGAGCGUGACUGAAGAGCCACCUUCACCUAGUGCGCAUGCGCAUAGUGGGCCCAUGCUCAGGAGGAAGGGCAGUCUGAAGGUGAAGAAUGAGGGUCCCGCGAAUCCAGGGAGGUUUUCGAUCAAGCCGAUUGAUGUUUCGGUGCAGAAGGAGAACGAGAAAGUCAGUGGUGGUGAGGUGAAGAAGGAAGAGGGCGAGAGUAAUGGCGGUGGGGAGUGA